AUGAUUGGACAUUUAGAUUAGCAAGAAGAAAAAAUGAAAAAAUUUAAUCAGCAAUUGACAUUCGAAGAGCUUAAAUUAAAGACUUUUUAGGAACUAGUUGCAGAUGUCAAUGAGAUUAAAAACUAUAUGAACACAGAGAUAUAAAUUGAUAGUGCUGAUGACUUACUCAGAUAUUAUAAAAAUUUCUAUCGACCACAAGAAAACCCUGACCACAUACUUAUAAUGACCACUCAAAUUAUUGUGCUUUCAGCCUACUAUUAGGAUUUCAAGCUUUUCUCUGAAUCACAAUUAUACUAAAAACUACUUCAUGAUGUCAAAAAGUAUCUGUAAUAUAGUCAAAGUGUCGAUCCAAAUUACCUAGCAGUCUGUUUAAAAUUCAUGAAAGAUGUGGUGUUUCCAAUAACUAAUAUGUCUUAUCUUUCAGAAAAUGUAUAUAAACAGAGAAACCUAUUCAAUGAGAUUAUAAACUUAAUUAUUAGUAGGGCUAGCAAGGAUUUAAAUUUGUUGAAUAUUGGGCAGAUAUCAUACAUUUCUCGUAAUCUUCAAAUACAGUAUAAGAAAAAGCCGAUGUUUGUAGAAAAAGAAGUAGACGAAAUAAGAGUUGAAUUUAAUGAGAAAGUGGAUUAAUAUCUGAUACACAAAUACAAGAAUAAUGAGAGAAUAGACAAAAUCAAUGGCAUAAGAUUACUCAUCGGAUAGUCAAAUAAUAAUAUGAUGGAUAGAGAUGCCUGUAUUGCUGUUGAAAGCUUGCUUUAUGACUCUCUUCUAGAAUUAAAAUAGGAAAAUCCCAGCCAACCAAUAUUGUCGAGAUAAGAAUUUUUAGAUAUAGUGAACGCAUUUACUCGUAGGAAGUCUUAUAACAAGGAUCUCUGGAUAUUAUCUCUUAAAUAACUUAGCUUCUUUUUUAAAAGCCAGGAAAUGCGUUUGUCAGACCUGACCAUAUUGACUUAUAAUCUAUACGUGAUGAAACUCUACUCUCCCAAGUUAUACUAAAUGAUUGUAGAUUACUUUCUCAAGCAAAGGUAUUCAGAAACUGAAAUGUGCGAGUUAAGGCCUGUAAUGGUAGUUAACUUUAUACUGUCCAUGUCGUACAUGCAUAAAACUCUAGAGAACGACGAGUUUUUCAAAGUAGUACGAGCCUAUAUAAUAAAUAAUCUAGAUUCAUUCAAUAAACUCUUGCUGACUAAACUGCUGGAUGUUUUCAAAUACAAUUAAAAAUUUUCACUCAUUAAUCAAAAUUUGAAGCUACUGUUGGAAAAAGAACUUGAGAAAAAAGUUGAAUAGAAAAUUAGUGAAAGUGAAGAAGAAGAAUUUAAAAUGCUAAGAUAAGAUCUAAGCAACUUAAGCUGA